CCUUCCGUUAGGGAUUUGUUGUGAGGAGGGACCGGAAAAGAAGUGCAAUUCUUGUCGCGAUGUGGAGGGGCGGAAGGCUGAGCGCUCGUGGGGUUCGUUUUCUAGAAACCCUUGGGUUUGGGUGUCCCAGCGCCGUAGCCAAGCCUCCUCGUGUAACUUCAUGGUCAGCUUACUCAGGGAAUCAGCUCACUAGGAAUCUACAGAUUAAACCAUGGGGAUUCAGUGACCACAGGACCUUGUGGUUUGGAUCCAACAGGAUGUGUUUUUCCUGUUCGACCAGAACAAAAACUUACAGGUCCCCUUGGAAAAGAUUAUACAGUACUUCACAGACAACAGUUGACAACAAGGAGGUAAAAACCUUCCUGGCCCUGGCUCACACGUGGUGGGAUGAGCAAGGAGCAUUUGCACCUCUUCAUUCUAUGAACGACCUGAGGGUGCCAUUCAUUAGAGACAAUCUUUUGAAAACAAGUGCUAGCCACCAUCCAGGCAAGCCUCUGUCUGGGAUGAGGAUUCUCGACGUGGGCUGUGGCGGUGGAUUACUGACUGAGCCUCUAGGGCGACUGGGGGCUUCGGUGACUGGAAUCGAUCCUGUGGAUGAGAACAUUAAGAUAGCACAGCAUCAUAAGUCUUUUGACCCAGUCCUGGAUGAGAGAAUAGAGUACAAAGUGUGUUCCCUGGAGGACACUGUGAGUGAGAACGCAGAAGGCUUUGAUGCUGUUGUGGCUUCUGAAGUGGUAGAACAUGUGGUCAACCUUGACAUGUUCGUACAGUGCUGCUACCGAGUACUAAAACCUGGCGGCUCUUUGUUCGUCACUACGCUCAACAAAACACAGCUGUCCUAUGCCUUGGGAAUUGUUUUCACAGAACAAAUUGCAGGCAUUGUUCCAAAGGGUACUCACAUGUGGGAGAAGUUUGUUUCACCUGAAAAGCUAGAGAGUAUCUUGGAACCAAAUGGCCUGUCAGUUCAAACAGUGGCAGGAAUGGUCUACAAUCCUUUCUCAGGUUACUGGCAUUGGUGUGAAAAUACCAGCCUUAACUAUGCAGCUCAUGCUGUGAAAGUUGGUACUCAGGAACAGCCAGAGCGUGCUGAGUCCACUCUACAGAGCAAAACAGAAGCACUGCAUGCUAAUGCCUCCAGUCGCCCAUCUGAGCAGAAGAAAUGAGAUACCGCUGAGGACAGGAGUAAAUAUGAUUAAAAACUUGCUGUUUACAAACUCAGAAAGCUAAUCUUUUGAGAAAAAUUGUGAAGAACAGAAAUCAAUAAAAAUCUCUAAAUCAUUGGAGAAAAGUUUCUGAGUCACCUAAGAGGCACUUUGAGGAAUUUUCUGGUGAGGUUUGUCAAAUGUGCUCAAGGAAUUUAGUCUCUCAGCUUUUGUUAUAGAAAUGUGUGCUCA